CGAAAAAAUCCGGAUAGAAAAAUGUCCUUGUUACUGUCCAACAAUUCUACCAUACAAUUUGAAGAAAAAUGGCACGAUUUACGACCUACAGUUAACAAACUACUCAAACAGAAGCCUGUUACCUCUGAAGAAUGGCAGAGUUUAUUCUGGGAUAUACAUAAAGUGUGUAACUGGGUAGAUAAAGGGUCGCAGAAAGUCUACAAGGCGCUUAAAGAUGAAGUAUUGAUAUUCAUCAGACAAGUACAGGAGAGAGUCCUAAGACAUGAAGAUGAUCAUUCACUUCUCAAAGCUUACAAUGCAGAAUGGAAAAAGUUCUUUACCCAGUGUGAUUACCUGCCGAAGCCGUUCAGUACUCUAGAAUCAAAUCUACAGGGAAAGACUGGAAGUGGUGGCAGCAAAAGACCUCUGUCUGAUGGAGUCACUGUACAAAAGUUAAUGUUGGAUGCAUGGAACGAGGGUAUAUUCUCAAGCAUUAAAGGUCGUUUACAGUCAAGUGCAAUGAAGCUGGUUCAUGCAGAAAGGAAUGGAGAAGCUUUUGAUUCACAACUAGUAAUAGGUGUUAGGGAAUCUUAUGUGAAUCUAAGUUCAGAUAUAACAGACAAAUUAAAGAUUUACGUAGAAAACUUUGAGAAAGCUUACAUUGAUGCCACCAGAGAGUUCUACAAGACUCAAGCUUCUGCAUACCUCCAGGAAAAUGGAGUUCAAAACUACAUGAAAUACGCUGAAACAAAACUAAAGGAAGAAGAAGAGAGAGCUAAUAGAUAUUUAGAGACCAGAAAAGGCUGCAACUCUGUUAGUGCAUUGACAGAAUGUUGUGUGAAUGUUUUAGUCGGUGACUUCAAAGAAACCAUCCUUGCUGAGUGUCCAGGGAUGAUCGCUGAUAACGAAACAGAAAAAUUACUUCUGAUGUUCAAACUAAUGGAUCGAGUUCCGGGUGGUGUAGACCCAAUGAUUCAAAGUCUAGAGUCGUACAUUGUAACGACAGGUCUGGAUGAUAUGAUGGCAGCAGCCGAGACCAUCACCACGGAUUCAGAGAAAUAUGUCGAGCAGUUGUUAGGGCUGUUCAACAGGUUUAGUAAACUGGUAAAAGAAGCAUUUAAUGAUGAUCCACGUUUCUUGACCUCUAGAGACAAGGCAUUCAAGUCAGUAGUCAAUGAUAUAACAAUAUUCAAGUUAGAACUACCUAGUAAAUCCAAACUUGGGGGUGGCCUGUCAGUCAAACCUCAACCAGAGUCAAGAUGUCCAGAACUUCUUGCCAAUUACUGCGACAUGUUGCUAAGGAAAACACCGUACAGCAAGAAGCUGACAUCAGAUGAGAUUGAAGCCAAGCUAAAAGAUGUGUUAUUGGUUCUGAAAUACGUGGUUAAUAAAGAUGUCUUCAUGAGGUAUCAUAAGGCGCAUUUAACAAGACGACUCAUUCUGGACACAUCAGCUGACAGUGAAAUGGAAGAGAAUAUGGUAGAAUGGCUCAGGGAUGUUGGAAUGCCUGCUGACUACAUCAAUAAAUUAGCUCGUAUGUUCCAAGACAUUAAAGUCAGUGAAGACUUGAACCAAGAAUUUAAGAAGAAUUACAAGACAAAAGGUGACGUUGCAGAUUCUAUUAAUAUCAAGAUACUAAACGCGGGAGCCUGGUCGCGAGCCUCUGAAAGGAUUCCUGUUUCUUUGCCUACAGAUUUAGAGGACUGUAUCCCAGAAGUAGAAGAAUUUUACCGUAAAAACCACAGCGGACGGAAACUGCAAUGGCAUCACUUAAUGUCUAAUGGAGUUAUAACGUUUGCUAACAAGAUUGGCAAGUUCGAUCUAGAAGUAACAACAUUUCAAAUGUCUGUUCUCUUCGCGUGGAACGAACGACCGCAAGAAAAGAUAUCAUUUGAAAACCUGAGGUUAGCGACCGAAUUACCUGAUUCUGAAUUACGAAAAACAUUAUGGUCAAUGGUAGCUUUAUCAAAACUCAAGCGUCAAGUACUCCUCUGCGACUCACCAGUUCGUUCACCCAAGGAUUUCACUGACGCCUCUAUGUUCCGGGUGAACCAGGAAUUCGCUCUGAUUAAAAAUGGGAAAGUACAAAAACGAGGUAAAGUGAAUCUGAUUGGAAGACUUCAGCUAUCGACUGAGAAAACAAAGCAAGAAGAAAAUGAAGGGAUUGUGGCUCUAAGAAUUCUAAGAAUACAGGAAGCGAUUGUUAAAAUUAUGAAAAUGAGAAAGCGAAUCACAAACGCUGCGCUCCAAACAGAACUGGUGGAAAUCCUGAAAAACAUGUUUAUACCACAAAAGAAAAUGAUAAAAGAACAGAUAGAAUGGCUGAUAGAACAUAAGUACUUAAAGAGAGACGAAGACAUCAAUACCUUUAUAUAUCUCGUCUAACAGACCGAAGAUUAUGGAACACGAGGCUGCUUGGGCUGGGCAAGUUGAAGGAAGGCUACUACUAUGUGUAAGACAUCUAGAAAAUGAAUCUAUUAUUUGUUUAUGGGAAGCGUCCUGUAGAGUAAUUCUCAAACGCUUUCAUUGUAAUAAGGAGCACGAUAAUUUGUGCUGCAAAUGGGCUCAAUCCUUAGAACUGCUAAGUAUGUGAGUAGAGUUGUUGGUUGGUUGUCAGACUCCUGUGCUUCUAUGUUUCUGUUAUUCCUCUUCCUCUUCCUGCAAGAAGCGACACUUUCAUAUUCCAUUUCAGCAAGGUCUACUAAGUGCUACCCUGACAAAAUAAGAAUAUUUUAUUCUAUAUCUUUUUAAUAGGAUAAUGUGCGUGUAUUUUUUUGGUUGCAAUUGUAUUUGCUUAUUGAUUGGUUUAGAGUGGAAGCCAUUUUAAGUGUCGGGGUAGCCUGAAUGGCUUCCGUGUAAUUGAUUUGUAUAUAUUUCGUACGGCUUCUGAUUGGUUUAGAGUGGAACCCAUUUAAGUGUCAGGGUAGCCUGAAUGGCUUCCGUGUCAUUGAUUGGUAAGAUUUUGUACGGCUUCUGAUUGGUUCAAAGUUUUUUUUUGAAGAUGCCACAGGAAAAAAGAAUAUUCUGCACGUUACAGGCAAAUUCAUUCAAUAAAUUUGGGGGAAAUAUUACGCCCAAGCUAAGGUYACUAAUUUAAGUUAAAUUUGAAUAUUAGAAAUUAAACGCAAUUUCUUUACAAUUUAAGCCACCACCAAAAAUUUGGAAAAUUCUCGCAAUUCAGUUUUUGGAAUGUUGGUCUCACUAGUGAUUGGUCGGAAUGUCAGCCAAUCAGAAAAUUUUAAAUUUCAUGAAAUUUCGCGCCAAAAUUGUAAAACGCGAGCGCGCACAAACCAAAAAAAACCGAAACAUUUUUGUAAUUUUUGGCUAACAAGAAUAUAUUGUAAUAGCAAUAAUAUAAGAAAAUGUUCAUCUUCCUUAAAAGAAUCUUUAAACGAAAUAGUCGUUAAUACGAUGUUACUUUUUAUUUGAUUCUCUGUAAAUAUUCUAGAAAGGCAAAACCUGUUAAUAAAAUAGUAAGAAUUUUCAUUUUAAA